AUGGGAAACUGCUUGAAACACCAAUCGUACUAUAACGAUAACAAUGAUGAUGAUGACUGGGAUUUUCUAGCAGAAAAGGGUUCUUUUGGUACUGUCACCUCCGUGUCUGCCAAAACCACGACGGAAGUGAAGAUCAAGAUCACUAAGAAGCAGCUUGAGGAGCUGUUGAGCAAAGUGGACGUGAGGGAGUUGAGGGUGGAGCAGGUUUUGUCACAGUUGAUGGACCACAGUGGAGGGUUCCAAUCACUUCAAAGGCCUUGGAGACCAGCACUUCAGAGCAUCCCUGAGGACAAUUGA